UCUCUCAUAAUUUGGAUUGUAUCAAAAAAAUGGAACCCCAUCACAACUCACCACCGUCCAUCGGCUUCCACCACCACCAUCACGACGGCGGCGACGGCGGAACCUGCGUCAACUGCGGCGGACCCACCGCGUUCCCAUCACCGCCUCCUGAUCCCAAUCCCAACUACAUCCCCAUCCGUGCUCCGGCCGUCAACCUACCACCAGCCAAUAACAGAGAAAUCAUCAUGCGAACACCAGUUCCUCAAUCACAGAGAGUUGUUCCGUUAACUCUUCCUUACCAUUUCCGAACUCCGGUGAAGAAAAUCCACAACCAAAACGACAUCGUUCAGUUUCAAUCAUCACCUACUUGCCAGAACUUCCUCGGGUUCGUGGUGUUACUAUCGGAGUCUAUUCGUUCACAUAAACUCUCAGAUCCUUGUCAUGAGUCGUCUGUAGUGUUAGCCAUUGUUUCUGUGCUUGAAACCCUAAGUGUCUACGUUGAUGAGAUCCCUUUAGCACCACAGUCGUCUCGAUAUGGGAACUUGGCGUACCGAACGUGGCAUGAACGUAUGAGCUGUGAUGCUGAGUCAUUUAUGCUUCAGUUUCUGCCUCCUGAUCUCCAGUCGGCUACUGUUGAACUUGUUCCUUACUUCACUGAUAGCUUUGGGAACUCCAGCAGAAUUGAUUAUGGUACCGGACAUGAGACAAAUUUCGCAGCAUUGUUGUAUUGUUUAGCAAGAUUAGGAGUUGUGAAAGAAGAAGACUAUCAAGCUCUGGUGUCAAGGGUUUUUGUCAAGUACUUGGAUUUGAUGAGGAAGUUGCAAGUGACCUAUUGCCUAGAGCCUGCUGGGUCCCAUGGGGUUUGGGGACUAGAUGACUACCACUUCUUACCUUUUAUAUUUGGGUCAUCUCAGUUGAUUGAUCACAAGUACAUGAAACCAAAAUCUAUUCAUAACAAAGAUAUCUUGGAGAACUUUGCAAAUGAAUAUCUUUAUCUCUCGUGUAUUGUAUUCAUAAUGAAGGUGAAGAAGGGAGUGUUUGCAGAGCACUCUCCCAUGUUAGAUGACAUUAGUGGUGUACCCAAUUGGAACAAGGUAAACAGUGGCUUACUUAAAAUGUACAAGAUUGAAGUUCUGCAGAAGGUUCCUAUCAUGCAGCAUUUCCUUUUCGGCUCCAUUAUCCAAUGGCAAUGAUCCGAGCCAGGGGUCAGUCAUAUAUAGCUUCCUAUUUAUCAGCAGCUAUAUAGUGAUGGAGGAAACACUACAUUCUAAUAUUUUGACAGCAAACAUCUACACCGUUUGAUGCUUCUAAUGUAUCAGCCUGUUAUUCAGCAGCUGUCUUCGUUUUGAUAACGGUGUUGUCUGGGUCAGCUUGCCCGUACCUUGACCAUUCUACCGGAUACCUAUACUACCUUCCACCAGCUUUAUUGUCUAGAUUUUGAAUAUUAUUGUUAUAAAAGUGAUGUUGAAGUAAAUUUUUCAUGGCACUAUGUAAAAUUACUCCAGUUGCAGAGUGGUGGUCUAAACUUUUGACAGUUACUUCUUAUAUGGCCAACUAACAUUGUCAAAUAUAUCUCUGCAAUCCUUGUGAGUUGUGACAAA